AAACAUGGCGGGGAUGCUGAGACCGUUUGUGUUUUGGGGACAGAAAAACGACUCUGUAUCAUUAAAGAUAGAUCUUAGAGAUGUGACAAUUGAUAAUGUAAAUCUUACAGAAGACAGGCUUGAAGCAUGUUUUGAAGGUGUGGGAGCUCAUGGAAAUAACAAAUAUGGUUUUGAACUUGACUUUUAUCUGCCAAUUGACCCUGAUAAAAGUAAAGUUCGAACCACAGAUCGUGCAGUGGAGUUUAGCAUAAAGAAAAAAGGUGCUGAGGUGUGGCCACGUUUGACAGAGAAACAAGAGAAGCUGCCGUGGCUAAAAAUAGAUUUUGAUAAAUUUGCCUUCGAGGAUGAAGACGACUCAGAGGAAGAUGCCGACAAAUUGGCAGCUGAUGAAAUCAUGAAAAAAUUGGAAAAAGAUUUGGAGGAAAAUCAACCCCCAUCUAUAGACAUGAAGGCUACUUACAUAUUUACCUACAACUUUCUUCAGUUUGUUGGAUUUUUGUAUAUAGUGAUAGUUUUAUCUUACAAUUUCCUCAAGUAUGGCUCAGCUGCAAAGGAGAGGGCAUUUGAGAGUGUAGGAUAUCAGAUAAUGUUCUGUCAGACUGCUGCAGUGUUAGAAGUUAUCCAUCCAUUACUUGGUCUAGUCAAGACUGGAGCAUUUGCUCCUUUACUUCAGGUAGUAGGGCGGAAUCUUAUCCUGUUUAUGUUGGUGCUACAGGAUGUAAGACUACAGAUAGCUCCUGUAGUCUGGUACUUGCUGAUGACUUGGUCUACUGUAGAAUUAAUUAGAUAUCCAUUUUACAUGUUUUCUAGUAUAGGCAUGGAUGUUAAAAUGAUAACAUGGUUACGUUAUACUGCAUGGAUACCUCUAUAUCCAUUAGGAAUACUUUUUGAAGGUACAGUUGUUAUUAUGUCAAUACCACUGUUUGAAGAAUCAGGGAAGUUUAGUCUACAGCUACCAAAUGCUGCAAACUUUGCAUUUUAUUUCCCAUGGUUUUUACAUGCAUACCUUUUAGUGCUUGCUUUAGGUGGUAUACAGAUGAUGAAACACAUGCAUAUACUACGAAAGAAAAAGCUUGGAUCGAAAGAUUCUCUGAAGAAAGCAGCGUAGUAUCAGCAAAGUUUGUAAUAAGUGUAUGUUAUGAAAUAACAUUAGGGAUAUACUUGUACUUGUUUUUAUGUAAAUUAGAUCAGUCAUGUAUGUCGAAGCAGUUUAUUAUGGUUGUAAUUAGCUCUUUUAUUUAUGAGUGUGCCAUGUGUUUUGUUUCAUUUUUAGCUUGACUUUAGGAAGAAUAGGGAGAGCUAUUACACUCAUCCAGCCAUUGGCGUCGCAUUUUGGUUAAGUUUUUGCUUGCAAGUUAUCCCAAAAAUACUAAUUAGAAACUUCACAUACUUGGACCUAGUAAUUAUCUUACUUGAUGGGCACAGGUACCAUAACUCAUUUACCAUUUUACAGAGUAAUGCCCCUUUUCCACUGAGGGUAGUUGAGCGCUCUGUCUAACGGACAGCUCUUGUUUGAUAUAAUUAUUUACAGUGGUUGUUUAAGACAAAAGUCGCUUAAUACACGUGGUCGCAUGGGCAAGUUAGACUGUAUAAAUGGUUAUAUGAAGUAUGUGUUAAUAUUUUUAUAUUAAAAAUGCACAUUUGUAGAUUUGUGCUAAUAAAUAUAAAUGAAAAAUAGUUCAAAUAGGGAAAAAUGUUGUCAAAUGUACAAAUUAAAUGAAUUAACAUCACUUUAAACACUUAAUGUCCAUGGAAAUUAUUUUGUCAACCUUUUACUUAUCAAAAUCUUCAGAAAUACAAACCCUUUCUCUGAUAGAAAUGGAGAUGAGCUUUGGUAAUAAAAAUGUGAAAUUCUGUCAGUUUGCAUAGAAUAUGAAGUAAUAUUACUGCCUUACUAGAUAAUUUCAUGUUAUGUGUACUUGUUUGUCAGAUUUGACAAAAGAAAAAAAACUGAAUGAUUUUGAUUUCUUUUUUGUUGUUGUUUUAAUCAGGGUAAGAAAUGUUAAAAAGAAGUCUUUUUAUUUUUCUUUAUUGAUUUUUAAAAAAAAAUUAUAUCUUGAAAAAUGGACACUGUAUUGAGUAAGCAUGGUAUGUUUGCUUUAUUAAGAUCUUGAUCUCCAGGUAUUCUUUUAUGCCAAAGAAAUUAAUUUUUAUUGCAUUAUCAUGAUUAUGUAAAAUUUGUGUUACACAGUAUGUAGAUGCAAUUAAUAGGGCUUCAUAUUGAAACUGUACUUUUUUGUUAUUCCGAAUUAUGUCACAUGGUAUGUGUGGUUGAAUAUGUUUGAACACUUCUCCCUAUGCACAAUAUUUUGUUUUCUUCUAAAUUUUGAAGCUGACUAAACCUUAAUUUUUUAUUUUAAUGUUAAAUGUUUUUAGAUUAAAUAAAUGUACUUCACAGGCUUUUUUUACAUCAUAUAGUAGAGGCCUGUAAAGGGUCCUUCCAAAUUGAAAUUGUCUUUAAAAUGAUGGAGAUUUCACACAAAAAUUUGCAAUUUUAGUCAGUUUUUUUCCAAAAUCAAGAGGCAAAGGCCUCUUCCUAAUAAAGGAGAAAAACCUCUGCUUCAAAGGUACAGAACAUAUUUUCGAUAUUGAAAAACUGUAAAUCUGAGUUAUUCCUUUUAUUCUUUGGUGAAGAAAUUUGAAAAAAACUUUUAUGUUAAACCUUAGAAAAAUUAUAACAAAAAAGUUAAAAGGUCUUGUUGUAUUCCUUGGAUAAAUGAUAUGUUGAGUAACUUGAAUAUUUUGUAUGUUGUUCAAGAUGUGCUUGCAUGUAUGAGAUAUUGUUAUGACUUAGUAAAAUGAGCCGCAUCAUGACAAAACCAACAUAGUGCGUUUGCGACCAGCAUGCAUCCGCGCAGUCUGAUCAGGAUCCUUGCUGUUCGCUAUCAGUUUCCCUACUUGUAAUAGGGUUUGUAAGCGAACAGCAUGGAUCCUGAUCAGACUGCGCGGAUGCGCAGGCUGGUCUGGAUCCAUGCUGGUCGCAAACCCAUUAUGUUGGUUUUGUUAUGACUAAGUAAAAUGUUUUAAUGUUAUGUUUGUUUAAUAUACUGAAGUUUUAAAUUUACAAGAUAUAUGUUGAGCAAUUAUGAAAUUGGUACUUUAAUCUGUAUUGUCUUCAAAUCCGAAAUUUGAUUUCAAAAUUGUAAAAAUAUAUUAAAAUAGCGAACUGUAAUAAGAAAAUUACACUUCAACAUCAGGUAUAUUUAUAAAAAAAUUAUUAUUUACCUAUUUCAACCCAUUAUAUUUGAUUAAAUGGUGGCAUAAAAUGGUAAUGGCAUAAUUAGUUCAUUUUCAUAAACAUAAUUUUCUAUACUUUUGUAACUUUUUGCUACUCUAAUGUUCAAAUUUUAUUUUUACAUUUUCAUACCUUAUAUAAUAUUGCAGAAUAAUUUGUUUAAAUGUAAUCACAAAUUGUUCAUGUCUUUGUAUGUAUUUAAUUUUGUGCAAUAAAUUGAAACAUUUCCAAAUUCUGGAUUACCUG